AUGGCGUCUACAUGGGCAACGGCCUAUGAUUGCAUUGUCCGAUGCCCGCAGUGGCUCUGGAAGCCUUUGAGCAGUCGAUUCGGGGGCGGUUACACAGCUGAUAAACUCAAUGUUUCAAGUAGUAUUGGAAAUAUUAUUAGAUAUGAUGCUAUGGAACUGAACGUGUAUGUAGGUCACUAUACGUACCACAUUUCCUCUGCUUGGUGGGGCUUUCCUAUUUUAGCUGCCGCCGCUUUUAUGAGGGCGCUCCGAGUCAGGCUCACCGAGUAA